GAAAAAUAAGCCGCAGUUGACCCCGUCGAAAAUGGCGUCGGAAGUGUAGAAUUACCGAGUUGUGCUCGUCUUCAAUGUCCUUUAACUUUCGACCGCCGUUACUGCAUUCCAUCAUAAUGGCCAAGAUUAAAAGCUGAAUCCUAAAAAUACAGUUUAUAAAUGUUUACAGAAAUUUAUUUCUGAUAUAUUUUAUCAGACAAUCAAUCGAACAAGUUAUCAGCAAAAAAUCAAAAUGCCGGUUGGCGUAACUACCUCAGGUUAUUCUAGAUAUGGUACUACCUAUGGUAAUUCCUACGGAAGUAGCCCAAGUAGUAGUUCAUUCGGCCGCACCCAUGUUGGAACUUCACGAAAAUACGGCGGCACUGGAUCAAAUUAUGGAACUGGAUCGUCUAAUUAUGGAACUGGAUCGUCUAAUUAUGAAUCGUCAUCUUAUUCGUCGUUGCCGAGGUCAGCAAGUAGAACUCGACCUCUACCAUCAGGACCUGGACCCUUGGAUUAUGAGGGAAGGAAAUUGAGCAAAUAUUCGAUAUCCAAUUACUAUAAAAACUCACAACCUACUAAUUCCAGCAGUUCUAUUGGUGUGGGCAUUAAGAAUGGGCCGUUGCGCGGAGAUCAUACGACAGGAAAUCUGUACAGUAGUAGUUAUACAGGUACCCCAUUGUCGUCGUCAUCACGUCGACCAAGUAUCACGCCGACAAAAGAUAUUGAACGCCCUUCCAGUCGAUUAUCUGGCCGACGAUCUGCAAGUUUAGCUGACAUCACAGGUCACUUGUCGUUAUAUGAUAAUGAUUCACCUAGGAUCCGAUCUCGAGUAGAAAUAUCCGAAUCACGUAAUGGAUAUAAUUACGAUUCAGAUUAUAAUAACGGAGGAUUGUAUGGUACCACAGGAAGAAGUAGUUCUGUUUCGCGAAGACAAUCGUUAAAAGACAAUGAUAAUAUAUUGGAUAUGAAUCAUUCUUCAAGUUAUACGAAGGCUGGACGAAGUACAUCGCGUGAUAACAGUCCAUCUCGAGAGAGAAGUAGUUAUACACCAUUAAGUCGUGAACUCCGAUCAGAUUCGCCCGCUAAAUCUAUAUCUCGACAGAGUACCAGUAAUAGCAGUAUAUCUUCUAGUGGUUCGAAGAGUUCCUGUGGAAAGGUUGGAUUAAAAAACUUAGGGAAUACGUGUUUUAUGAGUUGUGUUCUACAAUGUUUAAGUAAUACGAAGCCGUUAUUAGAAUACUGUGUUAAUGAUAAUUAUCAUUUGGAUAUAAAUACCACUACUAGCAGUAUGAAAGGGGCAUUGAUGAAAGCCUAUGUAAAUUUAAUGAAUUCUAUGUGGAAGAAUUCUGAUACGUUUGUCUCACCGAAUAGUUUUAAAACCCAAGUACAGAAAUUUGCUCCACGUUUUAUGGGUUAUUCUCAACAAGAUAGUCAGGAGUUUUUACGAUAUUUAUUAGAAGGAUUACAUGAAGAUGUGAAUCGUGUUGCUAAAAAACCUAAAGCCGUUAUUCUUCAAGAUGAUAAACUAGAACGUAAAAGUGAUGCAGAAAAAGCCCAUGAAUAUUGGAAAGCUUAUUUAAAUAUGGAUAAUAGUAAAAUUGUUGAAAUAUUUGUUGGUCAGUUAAAGAGUGAGUUAAAGUUCUCGUGUGGUCAUUCUUCGGUAACCUUUGAUCCAUUCUGGGAUCUUUCACUUCCUAUACCAAAGUAUACUCAAGAAGUUUCUGUCAGUGAUUGUCUAAGAUUAUUUAUGAAAGAAGAAGAAUUAGCAGAUGAGGAACGGCCGACGUGUUCUAAAUGUAAAGAAAGAAAGAAAUGUACCAAAAGUUUUUCUAUCCAGAAAUUUCCUAAAAUACUUGUUUUACAUCUGAAACGAUUUAGUCAGGAACGAUAUGGACGUAAAUUAUCCACUUCCGUUGAUUUCCCAGUUCAAGAAUUAGAUUUAUCAGCUUACGCGGCAGAACCAGGUAGUAGUAAAGUAUUAUAUAACUUAUAUGCUGUCAGUAAUCAUUCAGGGGGAGUCCAUUCUGGUCAUUAUACAGCCAUAUGUAAACAUCCGUAUUCUUCAGAGUGGAAUUCAUUUAAUGAUACCAGAGUUUCACCAGCCAAAUCGAACCAGGCUAUUUCAUCCGAGGCAUAUCUUCUCUUUUUCGAACUCACCAGCCAAACCGCCAAACUUUAGCAUAAUCGUUUUAUGUACAGUGUCAAGAAACAUUACAUGGAUGGUUCUAAUUUAGACCAAUCAUGUGUAAGAUUACAAAAUGGAGUGAAAUGUUAUAAAAUGUUUGAUUGGAUGUUACAUGUGUGGAUAAAAACAACAGCAAUAUUUUUUAACCAAUAGAUGCAGCAUAAAAAGGAUAAAAGCAUAAUUAAUAUAAUGCAUUACCGUCGUUUUAUAUCUUUUUAGUUAAAAAUCAAAACAAAACCUGUUGAAGUCAGCGUUUAAUAAUUGACAAACCAAGGCAAAUAAAAGAUUUUAAAUGUUAAGUCAUCAUGAAAUUUAAAAUUUGAUCAAUGACAAAUCAAGGCAAAUAAAAAUUAAUUUUAAAUAAAGUCAGCAUCAGAUAUAAAGAUUGUUAUAUGACAUUUUGAAAUGAAAUCAAAUUUAAAAUUUGAUCAAUCGCAAACCAACUCAAGUAAAAUAGAAUUUUAGAUGUUGAAAAGAAACUCCAUUACAUAUCUAUAUUAAGAAGAAAAAUGUUAAAUUUUAAAAUGAUAAAAAAAAAAAACCCAAUAUGAAGGGAAUAAAAAUAGUUGAAUGUAUUUAUUGAUAAUAAGAUAUAGAAAAUUAAUUUAAAUGAUGUGAUGUGAUUUUGUAAAUAAAUAUUUAUAAGUAAUAUUGUAUAUUAUAUUUGUGUGAAGAUUUUCUAUUGUUUUUAAUUAUUAUACUAGAAAUAGCAGUAUUUUUAUCAACUGCCAGUCUACACGAAUAUCAAAGAUUAUUACAAUCACUAUACUAUUUUAUUAACCUAUAAGUCACACAACCAAAUAUACAACUUGCUGAUUAUAAACUUGCACUGACAUCUGUUUAUUAUAAAUACAAUAUGACCAUAUCAAGGCUGACAUAUUUUUAUAUUCACUUCACCAUUAAUAUUAAUCUUACACACUUUAUUUAUUUAAACAAAAUUAUGUCAAAUAAAAUGAUAUUACCAGUUUAUGAUGUCACAUAGUGAUGUCACAUGGUUUGAUGAUGUCACAAAGUUUGAUGAUGUCACAAGAUUUGAUGAUGUCGGAAGAUUUGAUGAUGUCACAAGGUUUGAUGAUGUCAUUCAAGGUUUGAUGAUGUCACAGUGCUUGAUGAUGUCACAAUGUUUGAUGAUGUCACACAGUUUGAUGAUGUCACACAGUUAGAUGAUGUCACACAGUUAGAUGAUGUUAAAUGAUAUUAUAUGUGAUUGUAUGUUAAAAUUCUGAUCGUUGCGUAUAUUGUAGAUUAUUAUUAUAGAUGUAGUUGAUUUAUACCUGAGAGAACUAUUUUUAUAAACUGUGAUAAGUCUGAGCGCACAUACCCGAAGAGUGCUUUUAUAACAUUUACCCGUUAUUGACAUGUAUAUAUAAACUUGUUAUUAUAUUGUAUGAGGUUGAUGUAUAUUAAUUAUUUUAAGGGUUGUUACUAGAGUUCAAAAUUUAACUUUUAAUCGAUUUGGAAUUUUUUUUACACAAAAAUCAAAAUUUUACAUUAUGAGAGAGACAUGCUCUAUAUAUUUUAUUUAUCCAGUCAGAAUUUGAAGUAUAUUCAGAUGUAAAAUUAAUAUAUCGUCAUGUUACCUGUCAGGUAAUUAACAUACCAAUGCCAUCAAAUUUAAAUUUUAAAGAAUUUUUCCUUGCACAAUUAAAACAAUGUAAAUAAAUUAAAACGCUAAAAAUUUUCACUCUUAAAAAAAAAAAAAUAUAUUGCCAAUCCGAAGAAGACAAAAUACUUCAAAAAUUGACCAGUACAAAGUUUAGCUAUUAGACAUUGAUAUAUACAGUUGUAAGCUAUACUAGUGUGUAUUUAAAUAUUAUUUUAAUAAAUGUAUGUACAAUUAUUAUACCUUGUUAUAGAAACCAAUUGAUAUCUUAAAACGAUAUAAUUAUGAUAGUCAUUAUUCCUAUUAUUUAUAGUCAACCACCUCUUGCCACUGGGUUUACUGUCUUUAUAAUAAACCUGUGCAGGUAAAAUACACUACAUCAAAUAAUGUAGCUGGCUAUGGAUUUUUAAUUUUAUUAAUUUAAGGUUUUUUUUAACAAAUAUGUAAUCUGGAAUAUAUAUUCUAUAUCUUAUAAAUCACUUCAAUAUCUUGUCCCCAUUGUAUUCAAAUUGAUAAUUUAUAAAAAUGUUUAAUUUUGGAAGAACUGUGUACAGAGUAGCACAUGUCUACUCGAAUCACCCUGGUGUGGAAAUAACCCUGGUGGUGUGGGAAUCACCCUGGUGGUGUAGGAAAUCACCCUGGUGUGGGAAUCACCAUGGGCGUGUGGGAAUAACCCUGGUGGCGUGGGAAUCACCCUGGGGGUGUAGGAAAUCACCCUUUUGUGGGAAUCACCCUGGUGUGGAAAUACCCUGGUGUGGGUGUGGGAAUUACCCUCGUGUGGGAAACACCCUGGAUGCGAGGGAAUCACCCUGAUGGUGUAAGAAAUCACCCUGAUGGUGUAAGAAAUCACCCUGGUGUGGGUGUGCGCCAGACUGUAGAUAAGUUUGUUCUUGUUUUAAGAACCUGGUCAUCAUAUUGUGAAUAUUUUAGUCAUAUUUUUGUUUGGUCAGAUCAGGUGUAUUUUUAUCUCCGUCCAGUAUAUUAUUUUAGUUUAUCAACAACCUGAUAGAAUACAAUUGUUUUAUUUUGUUGUGUUUAUUUAUUACAUGAAAAUAUAAAUACUGGUUAGUUAUCAUACCUCCUUGUAUAACAUGUUAUACAUACUGGUUAGAUAUCAUACCCCCCUAUAUAACAUGUUAUAGAUACAGGUUAGAUAUCAUAUCUCCCUGUAUAACAUGUUAUACAUACUGGUUAGAUAUCUAUAAUGUAGAAUAGAAUAAUAAGUUUAGUGUGUGCAUGAAUGAAAAUGUUUGGUGUGUUUAUUCUGUCUUUAUGAAUGGAAUAGUUUAUUGUUUUUGAAUAAAUGAACAAGUUUGAAUGAAUGAAAAUAUUUGGUGUGUUUCUUGUGUUAAUGAAUGAAAAAGUUACAUGUAUUUAUCAUUGAGAAAGUUUUCUGUGUUUUUGAAAGAAAAAGUUGUAUGUAUUUUUACGAUUUCAAAAGAAAAAAUGGUGCACGUUCCUGUUUACAAAUUAAUUUUUUGUUUUUAUGAAUGUGGUUACAUGCUAUUAGUCUGAUUUCUGUAAGAUAAUGUGAUAUUUACCGUGUAAAAUUACCAGGGAAAUAUUAACAUACUUUAAAUUGGAUUGUUAAAUUUAUGUUUAAAUGUGAAAUUUAUUUAUAGUACAAUAUCUGGUUUGUCAUAGGAUAAACAUUUCUAAAGAUUGAGAAGAGAAUUCAGGCAAGUAGUCUACACUUUGGGAAUUAAUGACCAAUACCUUUGAUGGAUGACUUAAAGACGCUGAUCAUCGCUUGUAUAUUUCAGACAAUAUCUAAACAUGAACAUUGGCUUUAACAACUGAAGUUGCUAUAUGAUACAUGCGAUCAAUUGUUUUUAGUUAUAAUAUAGAAUUAAAUGUUCUCAUAUCUCAAAUCAAUGUCGACCAGACAUCUGGGGUAUAGAUACCACAAAAAUACUGUUUUUUGCUAAAUUUUCGGCUAGGUAAACGAUAGGGAAAAGCUUAACACUCUCAUUUGUUCUUAAUCUUUGUCCAUUUGGCUCAAUGAUAAAAGGGAUAAGUUCAGAAUAUCCACCCAUUUUGAAACUAUAUCUCAUCCGCUAUAAUCAUCCACAUCUCUUGACAUUAAUUAAGCUCCUGAAUUGUCAGAUUAUAGUUUUGUAUCAGGUUUAGCUGUUUGAGUGAAUUUAUUAGUUUUAUGUGUGAACGCAUGUUUAUUCAAUGAAUUUCAUUUUGAAUUCUUGUUACAUCGGGUAAAUGUAGAAUUGUUAUAUAUAUAUAUAUAUAUAUAUAUAUAUAUAUAUAAAACUAUGUAAGAUAGACUGUGUAUAAAAUAUAAUAUACUGUAUUAUAAAUAUAUAUAUACGAUUUUAACGUAGAUUAGAAUAAGUAUGGCAUUCUUCUCGAUAUUUAUAAUCUAAUCCCACCUAUGGCUUCCAUUUUUGUCAAUUUUAAUGAAAAAAAAACCCCACAAAAAUAUAAAAAAAAAUAGCAAUUUGUUUAUUUUUCACGACACAAUAAAAUAUAAUUGUUUCUUACCACCAAAUAAUGUAAAUAAUUAUUCAGAUAUUAAACUUGUUGUUUUCUUGUAAUAAUAUCAGAGUGAAGCAAGAAAUAAAGUGGAUUUUGAGUGUUUAAA